AAGAAGGUCGAGGCGAAGUUGCUGAUGCAGCUGCCCUCCUGUCUGCCCCGGAGCGUCUGAGAAAGUUUGAAGCUUCGGUCCAGCGUCAGCUUCAUGUCUGGAAUAAUGUGCAGCCGUCCAUGGGGAUAAUCAGGAUUCUGGCUCCUUAUUUGACUUUAAUUCGUCCUAAUUUAGUUCAGAAUCAUAAGCUGAUCAUGGCCAGACGACUUUAUGCGAGCAGAACAAUCGGUGUGGAUAAAAACGUUUGGGUUGAAUUCACACAGCUGGCUGCAGAUUACAAAACUGUGAACCUCGGACAGGGAUUUCCCGACUUCUCCCCUCCGCAGUUUGUCCAGGAUGCGUUCUGUAAGGCUGUGAGCGGAGGACCCCAGAUGCACCAGUAUACCAGAGCUUUUGGCCAUCCUCGUCUGGUGAAGAGUCUCGCUAAAUUCUUCAGCCGGAUCGUUGGGCAUGAGAUCGACCCCUUCGAAGACGUCUUGGUCACAGUCGGAGCUUAUCAGGCUCUUUUCUGUGCAUUUCAGGCUCUGAUUGAUGAUGGAGAUGAAGUGAUAAUUGUGGAGCCGUUCUUCGAUUGCUACCAGCCGAUGGUUCUGAUGGCGGGAGGGACCGCGGUGUAUGUUCCUCUGAGACCGAAGGGGGGCGGCACCGUCCUGUCAAGUGGAGACUGGGUUCUGUCUGCUGAGGAGCUCGCCAGCAAAAUCACUCCCCGCACCAAAGCCAUCGUCAUCAACACUCCCAACAACCCUUUAGGCAAGGUGUACAAGGUUGAGGAACUCCAGAUGAUUGCCGACUUGUGCGUCAAACACAAUCUGCUGUGCUUCAGCGACGAGGUGUACGAGUGGCUCACUUACGACGGGGCCAAACACGUAAAGAUAGCCAGCCUUCCUGGGAUGUGGGAACGAACCAUAACAGUGGGCAGUGCUGGGAAAACCUUUAGUGCGACUGGCUGGAAGGUUGGCUGGGCUAUAAGUUCAGGAAAACUUAUCAAACACAUGAAAAUCAUCCAUCAGAACUCGGUGUAUCACUGCGCAACAGCAGCUCAGGAAGCCGUAUCCCACGGAUUCGACCGCGAGUACGAGCUGUUCGGGUCUCCAGAGAGCUACUUCCAGCAGCUGCCUGCCAUGCUGCACCAAAAGAGGCAGAAGCUGGCCUCUUGUCUGCGUAGUGUGGGCCUACAGCCAGUCAUGCCAGAGGGAGGAUACUUCAUGAUCACAGACAUCUCUUCUGUCCAAGUGGAUCUAAACGAUGAGAGCACCAAGAACGAAAGCUACGAUUUUAGAUUUGUCAAAUGGUUGAUUAAGGAAAAGGGCUUAGCGACAAUCCCAGUCUCUGCUUUCUUCAGUCCGGAACACAGCAAAGAGUUUGACAAAUACAUCCGCUUCUGUUUCGUUAAGGAAGACUCCACACUGGAAGCAGCGGAAGAGAUCUUAAGAAAGUGGAGUCAAAAAGAAUAAAAUGUACCGUCCAUCAUGCAUAUUUUCUAGAGCAACCCACUGAGCCUCCACAGGAAAACUGUUCAAAAAUUGUGUUUAUGUUUGUGUUUGUCCACUCGUCUAUAAAAUAAACGAGUUUAAUAAUUAUGCAUUCAGUAAA